GCAGAAUCACACCAUGAAUAACUGACGAGUGCGGUGAACUAUCGAUCGAAACCCCCGCCAUUCUCUUUUUCCUUUCCUUCGCCUCAACUCGCGAAGUGAACGUCCCCACAAGAAUAAAUAGAUAAACAAGAACGAUUCGAAGACGGUCGCUACGAUUGCAACAUCGCAUAUCAGCCCCCUUAUCUCCGGUGAUGCCUUAAAAAGGGAAGCAACCGACCGUUUCGCUUCUGACCAGCCAGCAGUAGCAGCGGCGAAGAGAAAAACAAAAACAAAAACAACGACCGGAAAUCAAAAAAAAGGCAGGAAACACGAAGGGACAUAUAAGAAGAAGUCAUCGGUGCUGGAAGGUAACCGAGUCCGACCGGAACAGGAAACAUGGUUGCCGGAACGUGUUGCAUCACGCCUGACUGUCCUUACUUCGACCCCAGUGCGGUUAUAGUCGAGGCGACGAGUUUCGGGUUGCAUUUGAGUAGUAAUGACACCGAGGAUGCGGCUCAAUGCGUGGAUGGGCUCCUGGUGCCCAUCUGGGGACCCGUCGACACCCUUAGUGCAGGCGACCGGUUCGUCCGAGCUCUGGUCUAUUUCCUCGGCCUGUGCUACCUCUUCAUCGGCGUGUCGAUCAUCGCUGACCGGUUCAUGGCCGCCAUCGAGGUCAUCACGUCG